AUUCAGAAGACAAAGCUACUCUAAUCCCAAAAAAUCGCUUCGAUAGUGGUUCCUCUUUUAAAGAUUGCAUCGAAAUCAAGGUGUCGAGAGAAGAUAAGAUUACUUCACAUCAACCCUGUUUUAAACUUGUGGAAAUCGUGAAACAUAAACAUUCAAUUGCUGGCUGAAAUUCUCGGGAAACAUGCCUAAAUCGGUAAAUGUUCGCGUUACAACCAUGGACGCUGAACUUGAGUUCGCCAUCCAACCAAGCACAACAGGGAAACAACUAUUUGACCAGGUAGUCAAGACUAUUGGCUUAAGAGAAAUUUGGUUCUUUGGCUUGCAGUACGUUGAUACUAAAGGCCUAACCACCUGGUUGAAACUUAACAAAAAGGUGCUAUCCCAAGAUGUCAAGAAGGAGACACCGUUUCAGUUCAAAUUUCGAUCUAAGUUUUUCCCAGAGGAUGUGAGCGAGGAAUUGAUUCAAGAAGUAACCCAGCGGCUGUUUUUCCUGCAAGUCAAAGAUGGUAUUCUGUCCGAUGAAAUUUAUUGCCCUCCUGAAACAGCUGUGUUGUUGGCAUCGUAUGCUUGCCAAGCUAAAUAUGGGGACCAAGUUGACACAGCAUACAAGCCAGGAUUUCUCUCUAGCGAUCGUCUUCUGCCUCAUCGUGUGUAUGAGCAACAUAAAAUGUCAAGGGAGGAGUGGGAGGAAAGGAUUGUGAAAUGGUGGAAAGAGCAUAAAGAUGUAACAAAAGACGAUGCUAUGACUGAAUACUUAAAGAUUGCACAAGAUCUUGAAAUGUAUGGAGUUAGUUAUUUUGAAAUUAAAAACAAAAAGGGAACAAGUCUUUGGUUGGGAGUGGAUGCUCUUGGAUUGAAUGUGUAUGAGAAGGAAGACAAGUUGACGCCAAAAAUUGGAUUUCCAUGGAGUGACAUAAGGAAUAUAUCUUUCAAUGAUAAGAAAUUUGUUAUUAAACCAAUUGAUAAGAAAGCACCAGAUUUCAUAUUUUAUGCCCCACGUCUUCGCACAAACAAACGUAUUCUUGCGCUUUGCAUGGGUAACCACGAACUUUACAUGAGAAGACGUAAGCCAGAUACAAUUGAGGUCCAACAAAUGAAGGCCCAAGCAAGGGAAGAAAAGCACAACAAACAAAUGGAAAGACAAAACAUUUUGAAAGUAAAACAAGAGCGUGAAGCGGCAGAACUAGAAAAGAAGAAACUUGAAGAACGACUGGCUAAAUUUGAAGAAGAAGCGAGAUUGGCUCAAGAAGAACUUGCCAAGUCUGCUGCAGCAGCAGAGGAACUGGAAAGAAAACGUUUAGAAGCUGAGGAAGAAGCAAAGCGUCUUGAAGAAAAACGUAAAGAAGCCGAAGAAGAAAAGAAUCGUAUGGAGUUGUUACUUGAAAGUGAAUCUCAUGAGAAGGAGGAACUUAAACAUGAAUAUGUUAAGGCCACUGAAGAGGCUCAACGUGCUCAGGAGGAAGCCGACAAACAAGCUAUGGCUGCCCAAAAAUUACAGGAAGAACUUAUGGAGACCAAGCAAAAAGAAGAGGAGAACCGUAAGAAGCUAGCUGAAGUUCCACAUAAUGUGUUGUCCCAUACAGAGGCUGAAGGUGAAGCUGACAGUUGUGAGUUGGAAGCUACUUCUGAGGCUGAACAACAGACAGAGUUGAAUCGUACAACUCAACUUUCCAAAAACACCAGUGUUGGUGAACAGCUUAAGAUGCUACAAAGUGAACUACAAGAGACCAAAGAUGAUACAAAGUUAACACGACUAGAUGUGUUGCAUGCGGAGAAUGUUAGGGCAGGACGUGACAAGUAUAGGACACUAAAACAGAUCAGAAUGGGAAACACAAAGCAACGUGUAGAUGAGUUUGAAAUGAUGUGAUUUAAGAUCCAAUUUAAAGUUGUCUAUUGAUUCAUGUUCCAAUGUCUUAAAGAUUUAUUUGAAAAUCACAUGUGCUACUAUGUAUGAGGCUCUGAUCUAUGCUGCAGUUCCUACUUUCUUUGGCAGUGGUCUGCAUUUUGUAUUUGAGAGAGUCAGAUGUGACUAAGAAUAAUGAACUCCACUCACAUGUUGGUCAUAUAUAAUUAAUUUAUUCAUUCAAUGAUAAGAUGAUGUCCUUGCAUUUAUAUAUGCAUAUUAUUUUAAUAGUAACUUCUUGGUACCAUAUCCCAGUUUGUAGGCCGAUGUAUAUGGGUUAUAAUUUUUUCAUUAAAUAAAGAGGAUUUUUGUGUA